CCCGCGGCCCAGAACGGAGGGUCGUCACGGGCUCACGGGACAGAGUCCCGGGUCCCCAAUUGCUCCCGGCUCCUGCUCCCCGGCGCUGGCGCCGCCGGCUCUCCGCUCACUCAGGUGGUCUCUUCAGCGCUCCAUCGGAUCGCUGCAGUCUUCCCGCCGAUUGUUUCCCUAUCUCCAUCGAUGGUGAGCCCUCCCGGCGGCGAGUGGACUUUUGCCUCUGAUUUCCGGUGGAUCCUUCUCGUCGGCGCCUCCACACGAGGAUGCCGUUGUACUGAUUCAACCAUACUGCUUGGAGUUCCAAUGGACAACCUUGAGAACACGUUAGAGGACAAAGGCUUAAAUUUUCAGUGCAAUCUAUCUGACAUAGAGGUCUUACAUAGCAUGACACAGCUCUUACUUCAUGCAUUGGCCACAGCUUCAGUGGACAGCACCACUGGUGAUAUGUUCAAGAGCCCAGCAUCUGUAGCUAUUGGCAUGAAGACUGAACUAUCAGGGUACAUGAUUCAGAGAUCUGAAACACUUGUUCGCGAAUCUAUGGAUGGAGGCAAGGAUCAUUCAGAUCAAUUAACAAAAGCAUCCUCCAGGCCGACGGAGUUCCUGUCAGACUUGAUCGAUGAUUUUGUGACCUCAAAAAAGGGCAUGCUGAGCCAUGUCUCUGGGCUUUUUUCUAGCGAAAGCCGCCUGAACAAGAUUAAAGACUUCAUGCAAAAGUUAGAGACGGAUAACUCGUGGGCCCAGGAUGAAAGGAAGGCAACUGCAUGGGCUAUUCUGGAGAACAUAGACAGUAAAGGCAAUUUCCAUUGCCCAGAGAGAUUUGACAUGCCAGAUAAGCUAGCGGAGCACACAAGUCAAUGCAAAUUUAGGAUACUGAACUGCACAAAUGAUGGAUGUGUAGCUUCUUUCUGCGCUAUUCAUAUGGAAAAGCAUGACACUGUCUGCCCAUUCAAGCUCCUACCAUGCGAGCAGCUGUGUGAACAACAUGUUAUGCGGUCUGAGAUGGACAAACAUUGUGGAACAGUUUUCCUUAUGAAGCUUACCAACUGCCCGUUUUUUAGAAUUGGCUGUGAAACAGCCUUUCCACAGUGUUCUCUUGAUAACCAUUGUUCGCGGUUUCUACAAACCCAUUUGAUGUAUGUCGUCAAGGGGAUUACAAGACAGGGUGAUUCUGUUAAUGAUACGGAUCAACGGCUGCAACUCCUUAAGAAGGUGCAAUCACUGAACGAACUCGCUGGGGUUUUAGAUGUCAAGGCCCUCACUUUGAUUACAAAGGAACAAGAAUCAAAGAUAAAUAAACUCGAACGGGAUCUCAAAGCCCAAGAAACAAGGAUGAAGAAACUUGAGAACGAUCUUAGGUCACGGAAAUAAUGAUUGCUGUCAUGUGCUCAUCAUUGCAGCCUUACUGGAAACCAGGUGGCAUACAUUGUGGUAUAUGUAAAUAAUCGGUAGCAUUACCAUAAGGUUUACCAUCCUGUUGUCCGUUGUCCAUGUACAAAUAUAGGUUGUAGAAAAGUCAGCUUGUUUUCAGAUCAGUUGAUAAUUUGAUGUAAGUUAUGUUUUGUCACUUCUAUAAUAGAGCAAGUACAUGGAUUUUACAGGGAUGCGGUGGAUUA